AUGGCUAGUAAUCUUAUGCAGUUCUUCUUCAUGAGUGCACGAAUUGGAGAAGUUAAUGGUAUACGUACAUUUGCUACUCAGAGUCCAAAAACUAGUAGACACAAUAAUCCAUCUGGUGGUUAUGGAGAUAGUAGUUCAUUAUCACAAAAAUCAGGUGGCUAUGAAAAUAGUUUUGGCAGUAAGAAUAGCUCAUCCUUCGGUAAACAAGAAUAG